AUGUUACAUAAAACGAAGCCAUCUGGUGGCGAAACGGAGUUCGCCGGUGAUGCUCCAUCAAGUAUCACCGUAAUAGGCUUGAGGACUGUUAUCAAGUUCUCUGGUCCAGUAUGUCUGGAACACCUGGCUAACCUGCCCUACGAAGGCUGCGGUCCUACAUCAGGGCUGGUGAAGCUCUGGCACGAGCAGGAGCAGUGCUACAAGUACUCCCACAGAUACGGAGUUGGUAAAGUCCGUUUCGUAGCGAUGGGUAUCCUACGACGGACUGACCCGCCGGAGCGCUGGCAUCGGUACCACGUGUCCCGUAUAGUGCCACAUCCUGACUACCACGCGCCCUCCAAGUACCACGAUAUAGCUCUCCUGGAAACUAGUACAAGGGUGACAGUGGAGGUCCCUUACAAGCCAAGCCGGUCCUCUCGCGAUGUCUGCACACAGUGA